AUGUUUUGCACGCCUAAACUCUCUCGACGAGCAAGGGUAUUGAUGCUUUCUGUUGCCAUUUUGUACGCCAUGUACACACUAUUCACCUAUUCCACCUUCACACUACUUCCAACUGCAGAAAUACUGUCUAAAAUGGAGGGCAGCCAAUAUCAUGAAACUCCAAAAAGUCCACCACAAAGAACUAACCAAAAAAAAUUAGUUGAUAAUACUUCUGAAAUCUCAAGUUACUCUCCAGUUAUUGAUAAUAUCUAUCGCUAUCAAUUGAAAGAUUUAAAUGGGAACCCAGUUGCUGGAGAAGCUGAUCCUGAAAAACAAGAGUUUAUUCGCAACAUGAUUCGACAUGCAUGGUCUGGAUACAUGAAAUAUGCACAGGGAUCUGAUGAGCUUAAGCCCUUAUCAAAAUCUAACAUGAACUGGACUUACCUUUCCUCGACUCUCUUUACCCCACUUGACUCCAUGUCAACUUUGUAUAUUGUUGGAUUGUCUCAAGAGUUCAACGAGGCAAAGUCACUUGUGAUAAACCAGCUUAAUUACGAUGUCAUCAAAACAGACAUCAAUGUCUUUGAAACUGUAAUUCGCGCUUUGGGCGGAUUAAUAUCAGCGUAUGAUUUAGAACAAGACAAGCGACUAUUGGAUAUUGCAGUGGACUUGGCAGAUCGUUUGGAAAGUUCGUUUCGUACCCCUACAGGAAUCCCUAAUAAUAUGGUUUGGCCCGCAGCUCGUCGGUCGAGUCCAGGCUACAUAAGUUUGGCUUCUGCUGGAUCACAGCAACUAGAAUACCAGUAUUUGACUGAUGCAUUGCGUGCAUUGGAGCAGAUUACGUCAAUCAAAACAAGUAUCGAGGGACUUGCUCCAAAGACACUUAAUUCACAAUUCCUUAGAGAAAUAUCUCGAGAUUAUUCAGUUUCAGCUGAAACAGACUCUUACUAUGAGUAUUUAAACAAACUGUGGAUUUCAACUGGGGAUAUACGAUAUCGCAAACUAUAUGACGCUGCGGCUUCGGCUAUUGAGAAGUAUAUACUAGUCAGAACACCAAAUGGUCGAGCAUAUAUCCCUGAAAGACAUAACGAUGUAUUAGGACUUGAAUUCCACCACUUGUCUUGUUUUGCAGGAGGGAUGUUUGCCAGUGGUGCGGUUACGCUAAAAAAUGAACACUCGGAUCGCUACAUAGAAAUUGCUGCUGAACUUACACGCACAUGUUAUGAUUCGUAUCAGAUACGUGCCACAAAACUGGGUGGAGAAUGGACUCGAGUGAGUCAAGAAGGCGAUCUUUAUGCUUCCGGUCAUGCAUAUCAUUUACGGCCAGAGGCGGUAGAAUCUAUAUUCUACAUGUGGAGGUAUACCCAUGACCCAAAGUAUCGUGAAUGGGGAUGGAACAUUGUUCAGGCAUUGGAAACAAGCUGUAAAGAUGAUGUAGGAUAUCACGGGUUAAACAACUCGGGCAAACCUUUUGACCGUCAAGAAUCUUUUUUUAUUGCCGAGACGCUUAAAUAUUUAUUUUUGCUAUUUUCGGAUGAUCAAACGGUUGAUUUGAACGAGUAUGUGUUUAACACUGAGGCGCAUCCCAUUAGCAUUCGUGGACAUGGACGUAGAAAGGAUCGGAAGAAAUGGGUUGAGAUUCCCCAACCAGGAAAAUUUCCAAAGAAUUGGAAUUUGUAA